AUGCUCCGCCUGUCUGCUUCGCAUUUCUGGCUGUCACGUCAUUCACCACCGGAAUGUACAGCAAGAAGGUUCCUAAGUACCGAAUAUACUAUCGAACGCUUCAGCCUCAUAACCCCGCGAUCCACCAGUACCUUCCACCGCGGCGGAGCCACAGAGCAGGCGCGCGAGCAGAUUGGUGUGGUUACACUUCACGUUGGAGAUGGCGAAGAUGCCACCAGCUUCCUCGACAAUGUUGAGAUCCGAAUUCGUCAUCUACAGAAAGAUUCCCUAAGCUCGAGCCAGGCACCGCUGCAAACCGGCUGUGUUGAGGUGACUCGACUAGUGCAAGACGUCCUUAAGCCCGCGGCGCUUAGUGCUAUUCGCAAAAGAGAGAGGCGUGAUCGCUCUAUGAAUGCGACGCAGACAUAUCCUGUUUUCGUUGUUUACAUUGAGCGUUCGAGGGCAGGGACGAUUCUGACUGAGCCGACGAGCUUUCAUGAUUCUUUAUCACUUCCUGCAAUCAAGAUAUGGAUCUCACUUGUGGUGGGUUUGAAAUAA